CGCAAAUGUACCAAGUGUACACUAACAACCUAUUCAGUCAAACCCUGAUUUAUAACUAUUCUAAGUACAUACAUACCAAAAUUUAAAGUUUUUUAAAAUAAUACAUUUUGCUAAUAAUUCAAUAAUCAAAAUUUGUAAUUAUUAUUUCAAAUCAUGCGACAUCUGUAAAUUCUGAUAAAUGUAACUUAACCACAUUCCAUUACGCGUUCAAAAACUGAGUGGGUUCGAUAAACUCAACAAAUUUUAAAUUUAAAUUUCGAUACAAUUAAUAAAACAAAAGUAAAGAAUGAGUUUUUGUUGUUAUAGCCUUUGAUUAACAGAUUAAUAAACUUGUUUACAAUAGUUUAUUAUGAUGCUAAGGCCGGUAAAAAAACUGGCGCGCCAUUGUGGUUGAUUGAGGUAGUCGGUGAUUCUGUGAACCAGUGUGUGUCACUGAUGCGCCUUGUGUGUUUUUUAAUGUUUUAGCGCAGUAAUGAAUAUAUUUUUUACAAAUGUUUUACUGAAAGUAAUCACUAUGACAAUAAUGUGUGCCGAACCUUUUAUACCUGAUUAAUUGGCGUCUUGAGUCAUCACGGCUUCUUCAAGCAGUGCCCUAAGGGGUAGAGAUGGAGGCAGGAGCAAGGGCUCUCGACGUCCUCCCGCUUCUGCAGGAGCGGGUGGCGUCUCUCACUGGUGGUCGGGAUCGCCGGGGAAGUCCUAUCAUCUGGUUUCCGGCCAACUCAAGGAGGGAUCGUGUCGCUCCAGAUGACUAUAGACGUUUGAUACAUUACUUGAUCAGUAUACCUGGUGAAUCUGUGAAAAGUCUCGGAUUCACAAUAUUAAUUGACAUGAGAGGUUCGGCGUGGGCUGCUAUCAAGCCAAUCCUAAAGGUUCUUCAAGAACACUUCCCAUCAUCCGUCCAUCAGGCACUGGUAGUUAAACCUGACAAUUUUUGGCAGAAACAACGUACAACUAUUGGAGCACAUAAAUACAAAUUUGAGACAACAAUGAUUAGUUUAGAAGCACUUCCUAAAGUUAUAGAUAGUUCACAAUUGACUCCAGAUCUAGAGGGUACAUUGCAGUAUGAUCACCCACAGUGGAUUGAUCUAAGAUUGGCAUUAGAAGAAUUGAUGUGGCAGGCCGGUGAGCUUCUAGAUCGAUUAGAUGAUUUACAAGAGGAUGUAGCCAGAGCAGACUUUGCUGAUGAUGUGACGGGUGCAAGGAGAGCCAUUGAUGCACAUGCAGACAUUAGUAAACGACUUGCCAAAGUUCCUGUUGAUGAAUUAGAAGCACAAGGUGAGAGGGUGUUACAACGAUUAGAAGUGGCGGAGGCCGCGUGUUCCGAAGCUAGCGGUAGUGGCGCCGAAGGUUCUGCUUUCCACUGCGGAUCGCCGGGCGCCGUGCGAGCUCAACUUUCGGCUGUGCGGUCCGCGCAUGCGCAUGCCCAUAAACUUUGGCAACACAAAAAAAUGCAGCUAGAUCAGUGUUUUCAGCUCAGAUUAUUUGAACAAGACUGCGAGAAGAUGUUGGAAUGGAUCGUGAACCACCGUACGGCCUUCUUAGCCACGUACGUUGAGAUCGGACGGUCAUGUGCGGCCGCAAAACGUUUACAGGAAGAACACGCUAGAUUUGCAGCGGCGUGUACUAGCGGCGGAAGGCCGAGUGUCGCACGUGUGACGACAGCCGCGCGACGUCUCGCUGACAAGAGACAUUACGCUGAAAGUCAGAUAUCAGCAUUAGCACAAAGACUCGAAAGAGCUUACAAACAGUUGGCAGCCGGUCUUGAAGAACGUUCUGCAGUGCUGUCACUGUCGGUGGUAUUUCAUCAUAAAGCUGAGGCGUACGCUUCAGCGGUGGGAGGGUGGGGAGCGCAGUGUGCCGUCGCUCUACAACUAGCAACGGGUCAAGGAGGAGCGCCUUGUAACGAUCCGAGGGCAUUAGAACAACACGCCCAGAGACAUCGCCAACUUUACGAACACAUGUGUCAGGCCUACACUGAGGUUCAUUCAACAAGUAAAAAACUUUUAUAUCAGUUGGAUCAUUUAGUUCAAGUAUGUCAUCAAACGGAUCCCACGGAUAUGCAGAGUGAAGGCACAGUGAGUAGUGCGGGUAGCAGUGGUGGCGAUCCUGCAGCCGAUUACAGUUCGGGAGCAAACCACGUGCUGGCCGUAAUACAUCAAAUUCUUGGCCAUCACAGGGCUUUGGAAGCUAGAUAUCACCAAGCGAGACUUAAAUUGCAUCAAAGAUUAGCUUUGUUGCUCUAUAAAGAAGACUGUAGACAGGUAUUAGACUGGUUGGCAAACCAUGGUGAAGUAUUUUUGCAGAAAAAUACUGGUAUAGGAAGAAAUCUCCAUAAAGCUAGGGUUUAUCAGAAAUCUCAUGAACAUUUUGAAAAUGUUGCACAAAAUACUUACACAAACGCGGAGAAGCUGCUGGGAGCUGCUGAGGAGUUAGCCCGUUCGGGUGAAUGUGAUCCAGAGGAAGUCCUUGGAGUAGCGCGGGAACUCGAAGCUCAUGUAGCUGCCUUCGCGGCCAGGGUCGAUAGAAGAAGAAGACGACUCGACCUGGCCGUACUUCUGUAUACACAUGAGAAAGAGCUGCUGCAAUGGUUGGAUACACUGAGAAGCGGAGGCGGUGUAUGCGCUACAGACGACACUCCCGAAGCGGCACGAAGAGCUUUAGAACAAUGCGCCCAGCAUCGAGCAGCUAGCAUGGACGCAUGCGCUGCAACUAUCGCGCAGGGCGAAGCAUUAAUGCAAGACUUAAGAUCUUCUGGCGAUUCGGAUGCAACCAGCACCGCUGCCGUGGAAUCCACUUUAGAGCGAUUGCGAGGAACACGCAGUGCACUCGAGGAGCUGUGGUCCGAUCGCGAAAGGAAACUGGAGCUCACAUUACAGCUUAGACAUUUUGAAAGGGACGCUCUGGAGGUUUCGAGCCGACUAGAGUUGUGGGGUGACGAAUUGCAACGCACCGAACCGCCUCGUGAUCCCCAGCAAGCGGAGCAGGCCCUUGCAGCACACAACGAAAGUGUUGCUAGAAUGCAACACGCUACUUUUCAGGUGGUACAGCAGGGUCAAGAAUUGGCAGCAGCUAUUGCAGACGCUUCAGAUGUAAUGGCAUCUAGUGGUUCUGACGGGACUGAAACUGCGCCUCUUGAUGCACAAGGUCGUGUGCAGCUGCUGCUUGAGUUCCUUCACGACAGGCAGCUUGAUUUGGAAGAAUUGGCUGAAGAAAGACGUGCCAGAUUCGAACAGUGCGUGCAACUUGGACAAUUUCAAAAAGACGCAGCUCAGGUGGUCAGUUGGAUACGUAACGGAGAGGCUAUGUUGGCUGCGUCGUUCUCCAUUCCUGGAACUCUCUCUGAGGCCGAGCAGCUUAAAAGGGAGCACGACCAAUUUCAAGUGGCAGUGGAGAAAACACACGCCAGUGCUGUUCAAGUAAAGUACAGGGCUGAUGCGUUGAGGGCUGCCAAUCACUACGAUCCCCAUACCAUCAGAGAAAUAUCAGAGGAGGUAACUGAGCGCUGGCAGCGAUUAGUGACCUGCGCCGAGGAGCGUCACAAGCUCGUGACGGCCUCACUCAAUUUCUACAAGACAGCCGAACAGGUGUGUUCGGUGCUCGACUCAUUGGAACGUGAAUACCGCAGAGAUGAAGACUGGUGUGGAUCUGCAGCCGCUCCAUCAACUGACGAGCCGACUUUAGCUCAGUCUAUUGACAAAGCCGCACAGGUGGCUGCGCUUAUAGUAAAACAUGGCGAACAAAAAGAAGCAUUUCUGAAGGCCUGCACUCUCGCUCGCCGAACAGCCGAAACAUUCUUAAAGUACGCUGGACGUUCGGCUCAAGUUCACGGCCAGACUCCAGCCGCAAGCAAGGCUCAUCAUGAGCAGACACGAGCUAUACUUGACACCUUAUUGGCCCAAGAAACAAAGGUAUUGGAACAUUGGACGGUACGCAAGAAGCGUCUAGAACAAUGUCAGCAGUUUGCUUUAUUCGAGCGUUCGGCCCGCGCCGCAGUCGAGUGGAUCCGUGAGACUCAGGAACGCUGCGGAGCUGCCGCGGCCGCUGCUGCUGCGGGCGUCGCUAGGGAGAGUCGCGAGCGAGUGCGUUUGCUCGCUCAGUUGGCAGACGGACUAGUCGAGAAGGGACACCCUCAUGCCGUUCAGAUUAAAGAAUGGGUUGCUGCUGUUGACGCCAGAUACGCGGAAUUCAGUGGUUCUAUGGAAGGUGGAGAGAGCGAACCAGAAAGUGACUCAGGCGUGGCUCCAUCCUUAGCAUCAUCGCAAUCUGCUGAUAACGACAACCGUGCUGAACCACAGCCACCAACUAUAGGCGAUGAUAAACGGCGUAGCGCCAGACGUAAAGAGUUUAUAAUGGCAGAGCUGCUACAAACUGAACGUGCCUACGUGAAAGAUCUGGAGACCUGCAUUACUUGUUAUUUGCGUGAAAUGCGUACCGAUCCCGCCUCCGUACCGCUGCCACUUCAAGGAAAGGAGGACUUGAUAUUUGGUAACAUAGAAGAGAUUCAUCGUUUCCACGAGCGCGUUUUCCUCAGAGAAUUGGACAAAUACGAGACGAUGCCGGAAGACGUCGGCCACUGCUUCGUGACUUGGGCGCGCGAGUUCGAUAUGUACGUGUCGUACUGUCGCAACAAGCCAGACAGCAAUGCGGCUGUCGUCCAACACGCCGGCGAUUACUUUGAGAGGGUGCAACGAAAGAAAAAACUCGAGCAUCCACUCGCCGCUUAUUUGAUCAAACCGGUUCAAAGGAUUACCAAGUAUCAACUGCUGCUGAAGGAUCUUCAGGCAUGCUGUGCUGAAGGACAAGGAGAGAUAAAGGACGGCUUGGAAGUUAUGCUCUCAGUGCCAAAGAAGGCCAAUGAUGCGAUGCACCUCUCUCUGCUCGAGGGGUGUGACGUCCCGACUGACAGCCUCGGCGAGGUCGUCCUCCAGGACUCCUUCCACGUGUGGGACCUUCGUCAGAUCAUCAAAAAGGGACGCGAGAGGAGAGUCUUCCUUUUCGACUUGCAUCUGCUUUUGGCGAAAGAAGUGAAGGAUUCGCACGGAAAAGCCAAAUACAUUUACAAGACUAAAUUUAUGACAUCAGAACUUGGGGUGACAGAACACAUCGAAGGAGACGAAUGCAAAUUCUCGGUGUGGACUGGCCGCGAGCCAAUGGCCAGCGACUGUCGCAUCGUACUUAAGGCACCCUCGCUUGAAGUGAAGCAAACUUGGGUACGGAGUCUCAGGGAGGUUAUACAGGAAACUUAUUUCAGCUGUGCCCUGCCUCCCAGGAGCCCUGCACGGGUUCGCCCUACAAGCUCUCAACGAUCUAGCAGGGAUUUCGAAGACACCGUACUAGACGAAACGACGGAAAAUCUCGACAGAAACUCGCUCGCGUCUUUCGGCAGUGGUAAUACCACGGAUUCCGAUAAGGCCGGACCAGAAAUGACAUGGGUGAUUUAUGAGCACACCUCGGGUGGAACUGGUGAACUAACUGUGACAAAAGGCCAGCAAGUGGAGGUGGUAGAACCGUGGACCACUCGGCCUGACUGGUGGGUGGUCCGGGUUCCAGGGGAGCCACCACUAGAAGGUGCAGUACCAGCUCAGGUGCUCAAGCCGCAGCCACAACAUCCGCCACAUAAGACAUCACCCUCCAGACGUCCUCUAAGCCAACCCUGUGAGGAAACGCUAGAGGCUUCCAACUCCGAUCCUGGGAGCAGUGUGAGCGCUGCCAGCCCAGGCAAGCAACGUCGUGGUUUCAGCGGAAGAAGAUGGUUAGGGUUAAGGAAAACCACUCAAGGCAAAGGGGAGAAGACACCGAGCGGUGGGCAGUCUCCUGCUACUAGCAAUAAUGCUAGCGCUCCAGCCCCACCUCCCAUCACUGCUCCUGCCACGACAUCGACUUCUGCUAACUCUGCUCCUGCAUCGUCCACUGUCCCUAUACCCGCUCCUACUGCUGCACAAGCUGCUGCGUCACUUGCACCAUCAGCUGCGGCUAACGCCACGAGCGGCUCUUCAGCGAAUAACACCGAGAAAACGCCUGCCAAGAAAAUGUCGGCUGAAAAGAAACUAAAGUUCCCUUCGUUUGUGAACAACGUACGCAGUGAUGAUAGCAUUGACAGCGAGCUUGGUGCGUGCGCCGUUCUCGACGAGGCUGAAGAUGAUCUACCCGACGUCGAGCUGCCGCCUCCCAUGAAACCGAUUCAGGAUCCUCAAGCAGUACUUCAGCAGGCGCCUUCAACUGCCGUACCAGCGGACGCUACGCCCGCCGCCCUGAACUCGUUGGCAAUGGACUCGUUGGAUAAUAACGGCGGUCCGGCUGAUAUAUCAGAAAUUGAACGGAUCGUUCAGGAGAAAAUGCAACAGCAUGGUGGGGCUGCCAACGUACAGGAGCCCACAGGAGAAGAAGCAGGACAAGAAGGGGAGGCCCUGCCGAUUCACACCCCGGAGGAACUGGCCAUUCUUAAGAAAAGGGAAUAUGUGCUCCGAGAACUUAUUGACACUGAAGAGAUAUACGUCUCUGACUUGCGUCUCAUCUGCGAAGGCUAUAUGCGUCACAUGCAGGAUCCUCACGGCGAACCGACCCUGCCCGAUAAUCUGCGCGAUCGUCGCUACAGAAUGAUCUUUGGCAACAUCGAGGCGAUCUACGAAUGGCACAGAGACAAGUUCCUGCGCGAGCUGCGUAUGUCGCUGACCCACCCGGAACUGCUCGGCACGUUGUUCCGUCGCUUCCUCGAGAAACGUCUCUACGAGUCGUACUGCCGCAACAAGCCGGUCUCCGAAUACAUCGUUUCCGAACACGAGCACUACUUCCAGGAGUUGCGUCACAAGCUCGGACAUAAGCUGCAGUUGGGCGAUUUAUUGAUCAAACCGAUCCAGCGCAUCCAGAAAUAUCAUUUGCUGGUCAAGAAGAUUCUGUCGUACUCCGAGCAAGCGAACUGUCCCCCGCACGUGCUGGCCGGACUGCGUGAGGCUGUCCACUGCACCGAUAUCAUACCGAAGAACGCCAACCUCAUGAUGAACUUCGGACGCUUGCAGGGCUUCACGGGCAACAUAACCGCCCAGGGGAAACUGUUGCUUCACGAGACAAUGAUGGUGUCCGACAACCCGUCCGGUACCGACAAGGGCAAGGAACUGAACGUGUUCCUGUUUGAGCAGUGUGUCAUCUUCAGCGAGGCGGUCGGAAAGAGAUCCCAGUUCACCAGCCCUACUUACAACUACAAGGGACACGUUCAGGUGAACAAAAUGGAACUGGAGGAGGCCGAAGCUCUGGGCGGUUUCAUUAUACACUCGGUGUCUCUGAAGAAGCCGCGUCAUUCGUUCUUGUGCCGCGCUCCGGACGGCAAGCGCCAGGAGUGGGUCUCGACUCUGUCCAACAUCCUGCAGUCGCAGCGCAUCUUCGGCGAGGCCCUCGAGAACCCGGGCGCCUACCUGCGCGAACAGCAGCACCGCGACAAUAACCGCGAACACAAUACUGUUGGGGAGGGUUGGUGCGGGCUGCAUUACGUACCGUUAUCGUUAGACGGACGCCCUGAAUUGCGACAGAGGACGCAGCGACCCCACACUAAAGCCAACACUAUCAACUUGCCAACGACAACCACCACACGUUCGGAGGACCGCAAGAAGGCCGCCGCUAGCGUCGCCAGCUCGGCUUUCAGUCCGACGUCGCCGCCGCACGCGAACGGCCUAUCGAAACGGCCCUGGGGCCUGAAGCUGCGACGCGGCGGUAGCGCCGCCAGCGGCAGCAACGAGUCCAGUACUGAAGGGCACGUCGUCGAGCUGCGUGCUCCCGAGCUCGCUGAGCCCGCCUCCGACGUCACUGUGGCACCAGGAGCCUCAGCGUCGCUCGCGUGCCGCGCCCGAGCCACGAGAGCAACCGCCUCCUGGCGCAAGACCGCCCCUGAAACGCGAGCUCUACGACACGGCGGUCGCUUCGCCAUUACUUUUACUCCAGAUGGACUCGCAACCCUCACGAUACACGCUUGUCGCGCUUCUGAUGCGGGAGUUUACUGUUGCCUGGUCAGUAACGAGCUCGGCGGCGUCCAGACAUCUGCUCGAUUAACUGUCGGGUCUGGUGGUACACCUGGGGUACCGGCAGUUCGCGCUCAUCCUGGCGGGGGCCUCGUCGUUCAUUGGGAUGAGCCAUCGCCCACUCAUCUCGAAUAUUGUCGCGUCGGUGAAGGCGAGUGGCGUCGAGCUACAGAGACUCCGGCCACUGCGAACACUUUGGCUUUAGAAGAAUUACCAGCUGGACAAUACAGUUUCCGGUUGUUGUGCGCCCGGAGCGGUGCACCGGGUCCUGCCUCGGGUCCCGCGGCCUGCGGCGGUGGAGGCGCCUGGCAGCGAGAACAAUUUGCCAGACGGUAUAGCGUGGAAGAAGAAAUUGGACGCGGACGGACCGCACGAGUCUUGGCUGCUCGGGACACCGGUACAGGACAACGGGUCGCAUUGAAACAGGUAUUGGCCGGACGCGGUGCUGACGCGACUCGCGAGUACAAGAUAUUGUCUCGGACCGCUCACGGGGCGGUGGUGCGGGCGCUGGCGCUGUUCGCGGAAGUGCCGCGUGCCGGCGCGCACACGCUGGUGCUGGAGCUGGUGGGGGGCGGGCCGCUGCUAGACUGGGCGGCCGCCAACCCGGCCCUGUACACGCAGCAAACGGUCGCGCACCAUACGCGGCAGCUACUCUCGGCCCUCGACUGGUUUCAUACCAUCAACGUCGCACAUCUCGAUGUCAGGCCGGAAAAUAUCCUAGUGGAGUUGGGCGGAGUUCAGCCGCAACUUAAGUUAGUCGACUUGGGAUCUGCUGUUGAAACCAUCGAUGGCGGAGCAGGGAACUCUGGCAGGGAGGUGCUGCCUCCCGCUCCUGCUCAGUUGGAGUUCGCGCCUCCCGAGUGUGUCCUCGGCAGACCCCCGGCCCCCGCAUGGGACGCCUGGGCAGCGGGCGUCUUCUUAUACGUGUUCCUCACGGGACUAUCGCCGUUCUUAGACGAGUCAAUAGAAGAGACGACAGCAAACAUCAUCAAGUGUGAUUACUGCUUUCCUCCCGAACACUGGUCCGGCAUCGAGGAGAGGGCCCAGCAGAUCAUACGCGGCCUCCUGGACCCGGCGCCUGCCAACCGACUCUCCCCGCACGAUGCACUCAAGCACUCCUGGUUUGACGAGGCUCCGUCGACGCUGUUGUCGGCGACCCAACUGAAGACCUUCUUGGAUCGGCGGCGACCUUCGGGACACGGCAACGCCCUACACUCGCUCCGGUCACCGAACGACACCUGAGGAGACGCGAGCGAGGAACUCCGUCUACAGCCGCCGUCGGAGCGAGGGCUCGCGACACAGGUGACGACUAUGACUGAUCAUCCAACCAUCCAACAUUUAACUAUAACACAAAAGAACACACAUACUUGAUUACAGCGAAAUUAUUGUUAUUCAGUUCACACGCUCGUCCGUGAAUUAGGAGUCGACGCUCAGCCAUAGAUGUGGAUUCGGAAUUCGCUUUCAUGAAAGUAGUCGCGACGUUGAUGAAUAAAUUGGGCAGUUUUUUUCUUUCUCUAAGCCUAAGGGGCUAUUCCAGCUUCGCGCGCAUCGGUAGGUGAGCUUACGGGCUAGCUCUAGGAAGAGCAGUGCUUCGCAGAAUCUACCACCGAAAAUUGGGCAGUGAUAGGUUUGGUUGCGGCGGCGGCCUGUUUUAAGUUUUCAAGUUAAUGCGACGUCACGAUCGUUAGCCUUUUAGACUAAUCUUUUUUACUAUAAUCAUUCUAUAGUCAAUGUGCCCACCUUUUGAGUUCGGUUAUUUAGUAAUGUGAAAUUGUUUAGCGGCGUGUCUUUUUAAUAAACCAACAUGGCGAUUUUAUUUUAUUUCACUAUGAACAUGCCAAAUCGUGUCUAUUCGUGUGUAACUGUGUAAGACGCUCUUUCACAGAUUAAUCAUAAAUUCCUAGGCCAUUCCAGAAGUGUAGUUAAAUUAGCAGGGUCGUGCUUCUUGCUGUUUCUGGAUUCCAAACUUUUAUUCUCUAUAUCAUUUUAAAGAUUUUUUUAUUAAUUUCUUUUAUGUAUUAAUAAUAAGUUUUAAUUUAAUCUAUACCUUUAUUCUUUGCGUUCUAACAAUAUAUUUAAAAUGUAUAUUUUAUUUCAUUUAAUGUUAUGACAUUUUCUAUAUAAAAUGUUUUUAAGUAAUCUUUGUAAGAAUCCAGCGAUGGCGAUAACACAACCUAAUUUUAUAAACAAUUAAAUAUUUGGCAUAUGUACCUAAAUUGUGUAUUUCUUAAAAUGGCCGUUUGUAAGGAAAAGUGUCUGUGAUUUAUGCUAAAAUAAAAAUAAUUCAUGCUUAUUCCUAAUUUAAUGUACGUACUUUGUUAAAAAAAUAACUAUUAAUUUGUAUAUAGAUAUAAGUUUUAGCACGUAAAUGUUCGUCUUAAUUUGUGACCAAAAUUUCUAAAUUCGGAAGUAAGUGCAACGUGAAAAUUUUAACUUGACUGUAACAACGUUCGUGUCUCUGUUCGGAUAGGCGAGGGGUAUUAUGUGAAAUGUUUUGUUUUGAUCUAUUUUAAUUUUUAUAAGCGAUCGCAGUCAAUAUAGUUUAAGAUAUAUGUUCCAGCUUGCUUGAUUAGAUGUAAGUGAUGUAACGAUACAACUCUAUUAUUAUAAUUUGUAUUCACUGUACUGAUUGAUAUUAUCGCACAAAGUAUUACGUGAUCGAAUACUUUUUAACUUGAAUUUUUAUUUUCUAAUUAAGAAACGUCCGAACAAGGCGAUGCGAAUUAUUUCGUAGUGUUUUAAAAUAAUCUAGAUCUUACGAUAAGGAUCGUCAAACUUAUUUUAAACAUCACAUUUCGUUAGUCGCUACAAUUCGUGAUUCUUGCAUUCAUUAUUUUAAAGAAUGCUUUUUAUAUUGAUGUAAUAUUAUACCUUCAAUGUACUGUAAUGUUUAUUGGAUUAAUCACUAUAUAUGCACAUAUAACUUCGCCGCGUUUCUUAAGUAUCUUAACUUGUAAUUGUUUAUAAUUAAAAAUGAUUUAAUUGUCAUACGAUUCAAAUUAAUCAAGAGGUGAAUAUUUUAUCAGUUGAUUUAUUAAAAUAACUUCCAAUAAGUUUGUUCUGGAAUUACAAUCGCACAAAUAUAAAAUGUUAAACUGAAAUAAUUAAAUAGGGUUAUCUUAUCCCGAUCGACAAUUUAUGAACUUGAAACUAUACGACAGACUUAUUGAGAUUCCGCCGGAGACGUGGUACUAAGGAGCAAUUUUAAUCAGUUUUAUCUCCAGUAGAGAUUAUUUAUUGUAAUUAUAAUUCUCAUUCAAAUUGCAUCGGACUGUAGUCAGUCGCGAUCAAACAUCACCGUGUAUUAGUACUGAUGUUAAUAAUAUAAUAAAAUCAAAUAUAUCAUUUUGUGAAA